AUGGUGAGCUCGCCAGGCAGUAAAGUCUUCGGCGAGAAUGCCAUUGAUGAAAAGCUAGUGAGGAAGCUGUGCUUUGGAGGGGUGGGAAGCAAGUAUAGAGGGAUUGCAUGGAAGAUCAUCUUUCAGGUUGUGGGGCUAAGAAAGCAGUUGCACACGGGCGAGGUUGAAGUAAAGUACAGUAAGUAUGUCAAAAUGGUCGUAAAAAUGGGAUGCUCCUUGACGAACGGGAAUGGCUGUGGUGGGGAAGGUUUUGAUGUGGAUGGGAGCAUUCCGGAAGGACCAGACGGGAUGCAUUAUCACAAGCUUGCACUACCCGAAAAGAUAGUACACCAGAUUGACCUUGAUAUAAGGAGAAUAGACCUCAGGUACAGAAGCUAUCUGGGCACAGAUAUAUCGUACAUGUAUUAUCGUGUGCUGUGGCUGGUUGCACACAAGAGACCACUGCUCGGAUACAUCCAAGGGAUGGCAGACAUUCUGAUUCCAUUUAUCCUUGUUUUUUUGAAUGAGAAUGCUGAGAGGGCGGAAAGUAAUGCCUAUUUCUGCUAUGCUCGACUCCUGGACGAGAUUCAGUAUAACAUGGUGGAGCUUCAGUCUGGAAUGAUCGAGGGGCUGGACUUUGUUCUGCAGACUGUGGAUCCAGACUUUCAUAAGUUUCUUCAGGAGAUAGGUCUGGAGAUACACAUGUUUGCAUUCCGAUGGUUCAACUGCCUUUUUGUCCGAGAGUUUAAGGUUCCCAUACUACUCAAGAUUUUAGACACAAUCUUUGCGUCUGACAGCAUCAACGAGUCUCUGGUGUAUUUUGGAGUUGCGCUUCUGAUGAAGUUCAAGUCCACUCUAGUUGAGAACGACUUUUCCCACAACAUCCUAUUUUUGCAGAGCAUAUACGAUCGGGAAUGGGAGGAAGCGGAGAUUGAAUUGAUCUUGUCGUCAGCAAAGUUUUAUAGAAAAGUAACGUCUAAGCAACUGCUCUGGUCUCGACUGUGGCACUAG